UUUGUUGUAUGCAGCCCCAGGCUGGUUUUCAGAACCCUCACCCUUGGGGUGGGUCAGGAGGCGUUGCUCGCAAUGAGGUAGGACUUGGGUACCUCUGAGGGAGGCUCCAUCCUUUGGCAUGCUCCUCUCCCCACCCCAGGCUGAAGACAGCCAACCAGGAUCCUGGGCUUGUAAGGGUUGGGGGUAGGCAUUCUAGCCCAGGCUCUCGGCAUAGACUCCUACAGCUUCCUCUUCCCUCCCCCGGAGCCUGGGAGGCAGCUGUGGGGGAGAGGGGAGGACAUUGGAGCAGGAACCGAGAUGUGACCCUGGGCUCAGCUCUGUGGCCUUGGCCAGGUCCACGUAGCCUCUCUGAGCCAGGCUGGAACGGGAAUCAUCCCCACCUGUAGGGCCUCUGGAAAGCUUGAUAUAGGGCCAGGCCCCUGCCCUUCCUGGGUCUGCCCUCACCUGCCCAGGCCCAGCCUCCUCCAUUGUCUCCUUCUGCACCUCCUUUCUCCAGGCUCAGGUGGGAUCCAAACCUAAGGGGGCUCCAGGGUCUCUCAGAAUUAGAUGCCUGGUGGGAAAGGGGUGAAAGGGGCUUCUGGCCCCAAUAUCAAUGUUUAACCGGAUGUGCUUGCCAAUAUUUACCAGAAGAGAAAGCAAUCCUGAAAAGGGGUUGGCUCAGAGCAAAGGUCCUGGUGGGAGGGGAGGGCUAGGCUGGCCUGGCUGGAGCUGGGCAGAGCGUGGGGAGCACCAAGCGGGGCCAGAGGAACAUCGUGUGCGGCAGCAAGGAGCCUGAGGAGGUACGAGGGAGCGGGGGCUUGGGCCUGCUCCCUGGGGCAGGAGAUGAGCUGAGAGCUGGUCCCUGAUGCAGGAGUCUGCUCUGAAUUUGUUCAGGAGGCCUGGAGAUUCCCAGCGUCCUAGGGUGGUGAGGAGCCAAGGCUGGACCUUUGUGAGGGGAGACUGAGUGGGAAGUGGGGCUCAGUUUGAAGAACUGAAGUCCUUUUCUUGUGACCCACCCCACCCCAGUGCUGUCGAGUCAACUCCGACUCAUAGCGACCCUAUAGAAUAGAGUAGAACUGCCCCAUAGAGUUUCCAAGGAGCGCGUGGCGGAUUCGAACUGCCUACCCUUUGGUUAGCAGCCAUAGCACUUAACCACUAUGCCAUCUUCUUGUGAGGAACACUCAAAAACCCAGGCUGUAGCUCAGGGCCAGGCCAAGGGCCCUGCCUGUCGUGGGGAGUAGGGUUAGGAUGACAGGCCUUCCCAGUGGCCUGGCCCUGAGAAUGGUGGUAGCCCUACUCUGGGGCUCCAGCUGGGGCUGAUUUAUCCUCCUCCUUUUUUUGUCUCAGACUAAGACCUGGUGGCUCAAUGGUUAAAAGCUCACCUGCUAACCAAAAGGUUGGUAGUUAGAAUCCACCAGCUGCUCUUUGGAAACCCUAUGGGGGGCAGUUCUACUUGGUUCUACAGGGUCACUAUGAGUUGGAAUUGACUCUAUGGCAAUGGGCUUUUUUUUUUUUAGGCUAACACCUGCUCAUCCCAACUGUCACUCAGCAGCCUGGCUUCUCAGAGCUGGCCUGGGGCAGGGUGGGGGGUGAGGCCUGUGAUUCCCGUAAGUCCAAGGGUGGCUCUGGCUGGAGUCAUUCAUUGGGCUCCACUGCUAGGUCAACAGGGCAGCUCUAGGGUCAACCCCCCACCCCUGCUGUGUCUGAGGACCUCAGGGUUGCAUGCCUGUCCCCGCUGUGAGAAGGGCUGGCCACAUGGACAGCAGGUUGUGUAGGGGCUCUGGGUCAGGGGAGACCUUAUGUGGAAGGGCUUCAGGGCAGGCUCCCCAGAAGGCGGGGACCCUGAGCUAGACUGAGAACAGCCAUGAAUGAAGUACCAGGCAUUGUACUCAGUAUUUACAAAGAUGGCCUUAUUAGGGUCUUCACUGCACCAUGGGAGGAGAUAGGGACUUUUGCUGCCAUUUUCAAGAUAAGUCAAAGCUCCGAGGGACUUAGGAAGGUACCCAGGUCACCCUAGCAGGAGGCAAGCCUGACUCAUAACAUGAGGCCUUAAAGAACAAGGAUUUUUUAAAAAUAAUACUUUCUUUCUAUUAACCAAAACAUUCUCAGUGCUGGAAAUGUGAAAAACCAGAAAGAAAACACAAACAGAAAAACAAGUGCUGGGAGAAAUUCCAGCCUCUCAGAGCUGAGAAACACCACUAAUGUGUUUUGGGGUCAUGUGCCAUAGCUCAGGAGUUUGUCUUGUCUGUGAGCAUGAGUGUGGUGGGUUGGAUUCGGAUGGCUGGCUGUGGGGGCGUGAGGUGGGAGCUGAGGCUUCCUGUCCCUGACACAGGAACAUGGCACUGCUCCGGGGGCUCCUGGUGUUCAGCUUGUCCUGUCUGCAAGGCCCCUGCUUGGUGUUCUCUCCUGUGGGUGCCGUGGGGCCCUUGGACCAGCAGGUGCUGGGGAGUGAGUUCAUAAGUGGGGAGACCCAGGAGAAGCUGCCUCUGCCUCCCCUCCUCAAGUUGGGCAACAAGCACUGGGACAAGAUCCUGCCACACCCAAGUGCCGAGGCUAUGAGGGAGACCUUCAACACAGAGCCUGGAGAUGACACCUUGAGCCCACUGACCCCAGAACCUCCCCAGCAGGAGCCUGAUGCCCUGAAAAGGGCCCCAGGAGACUGCAAGGGGACCUCAACCCCAGAGCAGACCCGCAGGCUGGCCCAGGCCAUGAUGGCUUUCACUACAGACCUAUUCUCCCUGGUGGCCCACACGUCAACCAGCCCCAACCUCGUCCUGUCGCCCCUGAGCGUGGCCCUGGCACUGUCUCACCUGGCAUUAGGUGCUCGGAACCAGACGUUGCAGAGGUUGCAGCAGGUGCUGCAUGCGGACUCCGGGCCCUGCCUCCCCCACCUGCUGAGCCGCCUCUACCAGGACCUGGGCCCUGGGGCAUUCCGAUUGGCUGCCAGAAUGUACCUGGAGAAAGGAUUUCCCAUCAAAGAUGACUUCCUGGAACAGUCGGAACAGCUUUUUGGCGCGAAGCCCAUGAGCCUGACGGGAAGACAGGGGGAUGACCUGGCAAACAUCAACCAGUGGGUGAAGGAGGCCACGGAAGGGAAGAUUGAGAACUUCCUCUUGGAGCUACCUGAAAACACAGUGCUGCUUCUCCUUAAUGCCAUCCACUUCCAGGGUCUCUGGAGGAGCAAGUUCGACCCAAGCCUCACCCAGAGAGACACUUUCCACCUGGACAAGCAGUUCACAGUGCCCGUGGACAUGAUGCGAGCCCACAAGUACCCUCUACGGUGGUUCUUGCUGGAGCAGCCUGAGAUGCAGGUGGCUCACUUCCCCUUUAAGAACAACAUGAGCUUUGUGGUCAUUGUGCCUGCUCAGUUUGAAUGGAACGUGUCCCAGGUGCUGGCCAACCUGAGCUGGGACACCCUGCACCAGCCUUCAGUGCGGGAGAGGCCCACCAAUGUCCGGCUGCCAAAGCUGCACCUGAAAUACCAGCUGGACCUGGUGGCCACCCUCAGCCAGCUGGGCCUGCAGGAGCUGUUCCAGGCCCCAGACCUGAGUGGGAUCUCUGACGAGAGCCUGGUGGUGUCCAGCGUGCAGCAUCAAUCCACCUUGGAGCUGAGCGAGGCUGGCGUGGAGGCGACCGCGGCGACCAGUACGGCCAUGUCCCGCAUGUCCCUCUCUUCUUUCAGCGUAAACCGUCCCUUCCUCUUCUUCAUUUUCGAGGACACCAUAGGCUUGCCCCUCUUUGUGGGCAGUGUGAGGAACCCCAACCCUGGUGUGCAGCGGGAGCGCAAGGAGCAGCAGGAUUCCCCGGACAACAACUCCUUCCAGAACCUGAAAACCUUCCCCCGCGGAGACAAGCCGUUUGGCCCUGACUUGAAACUUGCGCCUCCCUUGGAGGAGGAUUACCCUGAACCUAGCAGCCCCAAGUGAGGGGCCGUGGCCGCCAGCAUCCUGAGUCCCUUGCCUGGACAAGCCUCUCAACUCACGUGACUCUUUCCAACCAGCUUCAUGGCAUGGGGGCAGGGUCUCGGGGUGAGGGAGGGGGCAACCCUGGAGGAGAGGAGCCAUUCUUUUCCAUCUCCUCUUGAAGAAUUUGGGGGUGGGGGGUGGGGGCAGGCCUCAGGGAAUUUUGCAUCAUUUCUUCCAAAGGGUAUCCUUUUUGGGGCUUGGGUGGUAGGGCAGCUGUGAGUCCAGGUUUGUCUGGAGGGUAGGUUAGGCUAUUCCCUAUGUAAGCUGGACCACCUCCAUGUUCGUUUACAAGACAGAGAGGGACAGGAUGGGGAAGCUGCCCUUGGACGUGUCCCAGGACAUCCUGAUUGUGGAGAGGGAAGAUGGGCCCUGAUGGUGGCCCAGGGACAGAGCAUGGUCCCGGGGGCCAGGUACCGUGGGCUGGCCCUGCCCCUCGUGAGGCCUUGUGUCCUGCUCAGUCUGCAGAGGCUGGGUAUCUGACAUAAUCUGGCUUUGACAUAACAUGCUGAAGGCUGGGCAUGUUGCCUCUCCUGGCCUGCAGCCUGUUACCCUGGGCUCCUAGUGGUCAUUGGAGAUGCCAACACUGCCAGGAUCCCUCUUCCUUCCUCUCUCCUGCCUUCCUCCUCUGCCUGGUAGUUCAGGAGCUGAGGCAGAGAUGAGCCUCAUGAGCUCCUAAAGCCUGUUUUGUAGUUUUUGUAGUGAUUUUUACACCAACUGAAUAAAGAAUGAAUGGGCUGGGCUGGUCUGAUGUCACUGUUCUGGGCAUGGGUAGGAGCAAACGGGGCGGCUAGAAAAAGGCAGGGAAGAGGCCCACCAUCUGCACUGUGGAGAAACAGGCUGGGCCCCUAGGAGAGGGUGCAGCACUCUGCGCCACAUCUAGGCUCAGAGGCCACUGGCCAGCCCUUCUCCACUGCACAGUCCCCUCUGACCUCGCUGGCCCUCUUCAGGGCCACCCCCAUGCCAGACUGGCUCUUUGCUCAGCCUGCUCCCCUCAACAUGCCUCAGGCAGCCAGCUGCAAGGGCAGCUCAGAAUAGCGCCAGCCUCCUGGUUGAGGAGAAAAACUGGCAAUUAGGGAGCUUGUGGAGUUUCUAAUUACAUGUUGGCCCCUCUGCCAGGAGCUGGCGCCCGUCAGCCGGGGCAGGCUACCGGGAACACCCGGCUCCAGCUGGAGGCUGUCCUCGCCUAAGGAUUUAGGCAAAACAGUUGGGGGCACUUGGCACAGUUCCGAUGCCUUCCUCUGUGCCACAUCCCAGGAGCUGGGGACAGCAUGGGCGUUCACACAGGUGGGGAGCACCAUGACUGGUGGUGGGUGGGCUCACUUCCACGGUGGGACUUGUCUGUGAAGGUGGAGUGUACAUGUGGCAGUAGGUACAGUGGUUGAGGGCUCCUUCAUGUCUCUGUUCCAAAGGCCACUGGAGCAGAGACCUGAAGGAGGUGAGAGAGAGCACUGUAGAAGUCUCAGGAAGAGGAUUCUGGGCAGAGGGGAUGGCAAAUGCAGAGUUCCUGAGGUGGGAGCAUGCUUGAAAGGUCCAAGAUGAGCAGGAGACCCAUGUGGUUGGGGUGGAACGAGUAAGGGGGUAGAAAAGAGGUCAGAGAAGAGCUAGGGACAGAUUAUGUAGGACUUUAGGGUUAUUUUAAAGAUAGUAGCUUUUAUCCUGAAAGAUAAGAAGUCACUGGAAAGUUAAAUCACCAAAUCCACCGUGGUGGUUCAGUGAAAGAAUUCUCAUCUUCAAUGCUGGAGACCAGGGUUCGAUUCCCAGCCAACGUACCUCAUGUGCAGCUACUAACCCUAUGUGUCUGUGGAGGCUUGUGGGUAGCUAUGAUGCUGAACAGAUUUCAGUGGCGUUUCCAGACUAAGAUGGACUAGGAAGAAAGACCUGGAAAUCUACUUCUGAAAAUCAGCCAAUGAAAACCCUUUGGAUCACAAUGGUUUGUUCUGAAACCAAUCAUGGGGAUGGUAUAGGACUGGGCAGCAUUUCAUACUGUUGUUGGCAUAAGCUGGGGACCAACUUGACAUCAGCUGACAAUAACCUAUUAUGCACAACUUUGCCAAUAAUUGCCAGAUUGUUCUUCAAAGCAGUUGUACCAAUAUACAUUCUCACCAGCAGGCCAUAAGAGAUCCUGGUUGUCCACAUCUUUGUCAAUACUUGGUAUGGCCAGAUGUUUAAAUUUUGCCAAUCUGAUGAAUGUGAAAUAUAAAUCUCAUUAUGGUUUUAAGUUACAUUCCCCUAAUUAGUAGUAAUCUUUUCGUAAGAUUAUUGGCCAUUUAGGAUUCUUCAGUGAAUUACCUGGGCCUAUUUUUCUGUUGAAUUCUUUUUUCUAUUGAUUUGUAGUUCUUUAUAUAUUACAGUUAGUCAUUUUUUUUGUCAGUUACAUGUGUUACAAGUAUUACCUCCCAGCAAGGGGCUUGUCUUUUCACUUUGUUUUAUGAUAUCUUUCAUGAAAACAAGUUUUUAAUUUUAAUGCCAAAUUUAUCAAUCUUUUAUAAUGUGUGCUUUUUUGGUGUCUUGUUUAAAAAAUCUUUCCUACCCAGAGGUCACAAAAGUAUCCAUCUAAUUUUCUUCUAAAAUGUAUUUACAAUUUUACCUGUUUUAUGUGUGUGUGUGUAUUUGCUUUUUUUUUUUUUUAAAGCAAAGAAUAUCUCAAAAAGGAUACACAAGAAAGAAAUUAACAUUGGAUGCCUCCUGGGAGGGUGACUGGAGGUCAGCGUUGAGAAGGAGCCUUUUUACUGUAUGCCUUUUACUGCUUUUGAGUUUUGACUCAUGUGACUAAAAAAUUACCUAUUCAAAAAUAAGUAAAUAAUUUAAAUAAAAGUCAUCAGGAAAAGUUCUGUAGAAACAGAAAUAGUUUUUCACUUUUAAAUCUUUAAUGGACUAGGGUUAAUUUUUAAUUAUUUCUUAAUUGUGGUAAGUAUUGGAAUUAAUUUUUGUGCCUGGUGUCAGGUACGGAUCCAAUUUUAAUUUGUCCUUAUGGAACAUCACUAGUCUCAAUAUCAUUUAUUGAGGAUGGCCUCCACCUGGAUUGCCCUUCCCAACCUUUCUAUGCUUCAAAAAAAAAAAGUCCAAAACCCAGUUGCCACUGAUUGACCCUGCUUCAUGGCGACCCCAUGGGUGUCAGAGUAGAACUGUGCUCCACAGGGUUUUCAAUGGCUGACUUUUCAGAAGUAGAUUGCCAGGCCUCUCUUCCAAGCAGGGGUACAUUAACCAGUAAGCAAGGCACUCACGGGCCUCCUUGUGUAGUGCACAAUUUUGCAUGGGUUUCAUCGCAUCUUUGAUAGGUGAAAAUUGUGCACUAUAGAUUAGUAAGUAAGCACAAGUAAGUCUGUGCAUACCUUGCUUAUUGGGUUAUUCAUUCCUGUCCCUGCUUCCAAGGCACCUCUGGGUGGACUUGAACCUCUAACCUCUCGGUUAGCAGCUGAGUGCUUAAUGAUUUGCACCACUCAGGGACUCCUUUCUAUGAUUAGAUCAUUCUUAUUCACCCUUCAAGGCUCAGCUCAGAUUCACAUAUUCCAGAAAACCUUCACCAAACCUCACCGCAACUGUGGUACCAAUACCCUAGGGAGCACUGCUGUCCAAUAGGAAUGUUAAUAUGAGCUGCAAAGGUG